ACCCCAGUAGGAGCUGGUGGAAGAAAAAGUCAGGCAAGCACACAGGCACACACCACUGGGAGAGCAGAACUUCUAGCUGGCUCUCUGCUGCCACAGCUCCACCAAAAGGGUGGGCAGGGAGAGGAAGACUGACCCAGAGCCCAGAGGAGAGGCAGGUGUGCUCAGCAGGUGCAUCACCUGGAUCAUGAGGUCACCCCUCUGCUGGCUCCUCCCACUUCUCAUCUUGGCCUCUGUGGCCCACGGCCAGUCAACAAGAAGACCAAGACCUGGGCCCGGGCCCGGACGCAGGCCCCGGCCCAGGCCCAGACCCGCUCCCACACCCAGCUUUCCUCAGCCCCAUGAGCCAGCAGAGCCCACAGACCUGCCUCCUCCGCUCCCUCCCGGCCCUCCAUCCAUCUUCCCUGACUGUCCCCGGGAAUGCUACUGCCCCCCUGAUUUCCCAUCGGCCCUCUACUGUGAUAGCCGCAACCUGCGCACCGUCCCUGUCAUCCCACCCCGCAUUCAUUACCUCUAUCUCCAGAAUAACUUCAUCUCUGAGCUGCCAGUGGAGUCCUUCAAGAAUGCCACUGGCCUGAGGUGGGUCAACCUGGACAACAACCGCAUCCGCAAGGUGGACCAAAGGGUGCUGGAGAAGCUCCCAGGCCUAGUGUUCCUCUACAUGGAGAAAAAUCAGCUGGAGGAGGUGCCUGCAGCCCUGCCCCCAAGCCUGGAGCAGCUCAGGCUGAGCCAGAACCUCAUCUCCAGGAUCCCACCUGGUGUCUUCAGCAAGCUGGAGAAACUGCUGCUCCUAGAUCUGCAGCACAACAAGCUGAGCGAUGGGGUCUUUAAGGCCGACACGUUCCAGGGCCUCAAGAACCUCAUGCAGCUCAACCUGGCCCACAACAUCCUGAGAAAAAUGCCACCCAAGGUGCCCGCAGCCCUUCACCAACUCUACCUGGACAGCAACAAGAUCGAGACCAUCCCCAAUGGAUACUUCAAGGGUUUCCCCAACCUGGCCUUCAUUCGGAUGAACUACAACAGGCUAUCUGACCGAGGGCUCCCCAAGAACUCCUUCAACAUCUCCAACCUGCUGGUACUCCACCUGUCCCACAACAAGAUCAGCAACGUGCCCGCCAUCAGCAACAAGCUGGAGCACCUGUACCUCAACAACAACAGCAUCGAGAAAAUCAAUGGGACACAGAUUUGCCCCAGCAACCUGCUGGCCUUCCAGGACUUUUCCUCAGACCUGGAGAACGUGCCACACCUGCGCUACCUUCGGCUGGAUGGGAACUACCUGAAGCCACCCAUCCCGCUGGACCUCAUGAUGUGCUUCCGCCUGCUGCAGUCUGUGGUCAUCUAGGCCCUGCCCUGGCUGGACCUCUGACUGCACUUGAAGGCUGGUGGCCCAGGUGCCUGGCCCACCAUUUCUCUCUCUCUCCUUCUUUUAUUCCUCCUAUGCCUCUCUUAUCUCCCCUUUCCAAGGACAGGAAAUGCCAUGUGCUCUGCUGCAGCUCUGGAGCAAGAUUUCCAGCACUUCAUUUGGUCCCACCCAGUUGAAAGGCACCCCCUGCACACAUGCCCAAACUCCCAGCCUGUUGUGGUGUCCCUCUGCUCCUGAAACACAGUUGACUAUGGAUUUCACAUUCCUUCUUCUCUCCCCCUCCACACACCACUCCUGGGCAAGCCAUGGACUGACAUCUGAUCUUGGUCCUGGCCAAGUAUGAAGCAGAAGAUGGUCCAGGGAAGUGCACAGUGCUCUUCUGAAAGGCCCUCUGGAGACUCCUCAAUCCUAGGUAGCUCUGCCUUAAAGAGGUUGAGAAUCCUAGGUCUCCUCAACCAAGGAUCUCUUCCCAAAUUGUUGCUCUAUCACCCUGCUCCCUGGCACUUCGCUGCUCUCUGCCAGCUGCAUUCUGCAGGAAGGAGGCACAAGGGGUGGGGCAUGGUCCACAAAGCGCUGCAUCUGGCCACCUCUGCACUGGGAAGAGUUGGAAGUCCCUCCUUUUCCAGGGAAAACAUGGCACACACCCUCCUGGCUGGGCCUGAGAGAGAAAUAGCCACGGUAGAGAGAAGCCACUCAAGGAGCUAGGAAUGAGCUGGAAGGAGAGGGCGGAGGUCAAAACCCCAGAAUGGGCCAAUACUAUGGGUGUGGAUGAGUCUGGCAGAGCCCCUCCCCCAACCUCAACAAGGCCCUGGGGAACACAGUGUUCACAUUGGAGGGUCAGGAGGCCCCACCCAACCAUCUGUUUUCAGUUAGUGUGGAUGGCCCAGUCAUUUCCACCACCACCAACUCCCCACCCCCACGGGGGUGGUCUUAGAGACAAGGGUGGAGCACCUGGAAAUCUCCCAGAAGCCUCUUCUGCUUGAAAAUUGCCCCAUCUCCAAGUCAGACACAUCAGUGACACCUGGUGGUUGCUGAAAGUUACAACUGAUCCAGUCUUCCCAUCUUGCCUUUGGGGUGAUUGGGGUGAUGUUCCAAGGUCAAGGAGCUGGUGUGGGGACUAGCUUGGAAGAGCUAUGGGUGAUAGGUAUGGUGUUGCUCUCCUCUAGAGUAAAAAGGGCCAAAAGUCCACAGUGAGUGUGAGCACAGUUGGGAUGACUUUGGGAGCCUGGGUGCAGAUGCAGUUUAACUUUGAUCUUGCUGGGUCCCUUCCAUUGUGAGCUCCCACAUCUGUAAACCCAGGCCGGUGGUGACCUCCUCUGAGGUGCCCCCAGCACUGUGGUCCAAGUUUGCCAGUCCACUCUCUAAAGUAUACCCUGAUACAGGAGAAGUCCUAGCAGUUCUCCCUUCUCUUGCAGUAAUUUAUGGACGGGCUCUUCCCAGAAAGACUUCUCUGACUUUCUUACCUGGCCCUGGUUAGCAGCUGGGCAGGUGUCCAAGUGAGACCCUCACCUUCACCCCUACCUUAUUCUUGGGGGAGCUGCCCCUCUACAGUCCCCUAGUGUAUAUAUUGGUGGGGAAUAUUGGAAAGAGAAGGCUCUAGAAGUUACUAAGAUAUAGUACUCACCCUCAAGUUAGAAUGGGAAAUGCUUAAGAAAUUCUUAAGAAAUUGGAGUAAGCUGGGCCCUUAACUUCAAGAAAUUCCCAUUACACUUUUGCUCAACUUUCUCUUCUGCUAAAUAUAGAAGAUAGUGCCCACUUCAUCAUAGCCUCCUUCCCCUGCCGCUGGUUUCUCCAAGGCUCGUGCUUAAAGUCAGUGUGUUAGUAUGGCUGUAAGCAACCUGGUGCUAUGCCUGGAUAAACCCCUUCCUGCUCCUUACUCACCUAGAACCUCCAUCCUUUUGAUGAGGCCCUUGGGCACACACAGCCCCUGUGGCUCUCCAGGGGGGCCUGAUCCUGCAAACCUGAACAUUUUUUCUUAGCAGCCGUGCGGUCACCAUUAUCCCAUUGCCCCAUUCAGAAUAAGUCUGCUCCCUCCACUGCUCUCUGCAGCUGUAAGACAGAGGAGUGAGAGUCAAAGUGGCUUUAUAGGUACCUCCUUCUCUGCACAUAUACGUGCAAGCAUGUGCAUGCACACACACACACACACACACACACACAGAGUGUGGGUUUCCCUUGGGUUUAGAAAGUCCCUCCUUGUGACACAAGUUCAUUCUGUCAGUGCUACUGGCAUCUGCAUAUACCGGUCAGUGUUUUGGGCAUGUACAGAUUCAGGUGUGUAAGUAGGUGUGUAUGUGUACUCUGUACAUUUAUUCUCUCUUGCAGACCAUGUUAACUUUGAACCAACUUUCCCAUUUCACCAUGCUUCACAGCAGAGGAAAUAAAGUAAUAUGAAAACA